CUGAUUUCACAGAUUUCACAUUAUUGCCAGCUGUGACUAUAUUAUACACUAUAGGGUGUAGAAAGGUGUAUAUUAUUUAACAGGGAAACAUUUUAAUGUGACACCAGGAGUGAAAGCCUCAUUCAGCAGCUAAAGAUGCUCAGAGAAAUACAGCAGGUGUUGAGGCUGGUCAUGAUUUUGAAAAAGCAAAGACAGCACCAUGGUUUAAAGAAUUCAGGAGGGCUAUUGGUGCUUCUGUGGACUGAAACAGGAGCUUCUGGUCAAAGUGUGAACUGCACAGUUGCAGCUGCUGGUCCCUGGUGCACAGGGAUUAAAAUGAAAGCACUCCAACCUGUCCUCACAGAUUUGAAGGAGAGCAUGUUUCCCUGUGCGUGGCCGUGUCCUCACCCUGACCCUGAGGAGCUGAGUGCCUUCACUGAUCUGUACGGUUCCCUCAGAUUACUGCUGUCUGUUCAGAUGAAAGAUGCAAGACAUUUCAGUCCAGAGUGGUGUGCUCGUAUUGAAGCGUUCCUGCACUCAUUCAGUUUUGCUAACGCAAGGAUCAAUAUCCACUUCAAAUUCAAAUUCAGUCAGCAGACCUUCCAGCGAGACUUUAGAGUGAAGAUCAACAGUAAAGUUACCCGGGCAAACCAACCGCCACUGAUCUUGGAUGUCACCUGUAGAACACAGCCUCCAGAGUGCGUGAAGAAAGGAUGCUGGUGUCGGGGAGGACACCCUGUCCUUGGAAGCAGGGUCCCACUCAGUAUCCCACCUGAAGCCAUGGACCAUGGCCUGUUCGUGGAGCUCAGCGUCCAGCCUGUCACACUCCUGAGCCCCUGUGUGCUGCAGUAUCCCAAUCUGGCAACACAACUCACUCACAUACAAGUGUUAGUAUGCAGUCCCAGUAAUGUUCCUGUCACAGGCCCCUCCACCUUCCUCCAGAACCUGCCUGCUCAUCUGGACUGUCAGGAACUGGGCCUGCACGGCAUUCACUGCUCCUCCUGCAAAGAUCUUGUGCACAGCGGUGGCACUGUGUACACAGUAGAGCAAGAAAACAGUGAAGAUCCAGAGCAUGAAUCAAGUCCUCCCCCAAUGCAGCAGAGUCUCCUGCUUUGCCUCCUCCUGCAGCACAGUGACCCCUUCACCUACCAGCUCUCUGAUAUGAUGGCCACAGAGAUGCUGAUAGAGCACCACCUGGAGGAUAUUCUGAACAACAACAGGCAGGCAGUCACAACAGCUCUGCAGACGGAGCUGAAGAACUCACUGAAAGCCCAAAAUCACAGAAAAAAGGAACAAGAGAAGCUGCGUUCAGCUGCUGAGGUGAUUCUCAGUUCAGCCAUUAGUAUUGUGACCAGCAGCAGUAACAUGGAUUUCAGAAAUGCCUGUCUGAACAGCAUGAAGGUGCGUGACACUCACGACCUGUCAGCCUCCCUCCGGGAAUCACUGAGGAGGGUGACAUCAUGGAAAUUCACUCCUAUGGGCAGAUGCUACUCAGCUCAGAUGGAAGAACAUCCUGAGAGUGAUGAGCCCACCAGAACAGAAAUCUGAGCAUGUUUCGUUCUGGUUGAAGACU